AUGGCAACCAUCGCAACCGCAACCGCAGCUGCCCCCGCGCCGGCCGUUGUGCCGCGCGUGCCUAUCCCUGCUAACGGCGUCGACUACCGCAACAAAAUCGUCCUCGCCCCAAUGGUUCGAUCAGGCGAACUACCCUCGCGCCUACUGGCACUGAAAUACGGCGCUGACCUAGUCUGGGGUCCCGAAACAAUCGACCGCUCUAUGAUCGGCGCUGAGCGACGCGUUAACCCGCGAAACGGCACAAUCGAAUUCACCCGUAUGCCCAGCAACGGCGGACGCCCCGACAAACCUGCCAAACCAUCAAUCAUCUACCGCAUAGACCCAGCGCGCGAGAAAGGCCGACUGAUCUAUCAAAUUGGUACGGCCGACCCAGAGCUAGCAGUACAAUCGGCGCGCGUUGUGGCCGCCGAUGUCUCAGGCAUUGAUCUCAACUCUGGCUGCCCGAAACCCUUCUCCACAAGCGGUGGAAUGGGCGCUGCCCUCCUCCGCACACCCGACCUCCUCGUCUCAAUCCUGGAAGCUCUCGUCAAGGAGAUCGGUGUACCCUUCCAAAUCGGCAUCUCGGUCAAGAUUCGCAUCCUCUCCAAGCCCGAAGAAACAGAGGCCCUCGUUUCCCGCCUCGUGAAAACAGGCAUCACAGGCUUGACAGUGCACUGUCGCACGACUCCCAUGCGGCCGCGCGAACGCGCAAUCCGCGAUCAACUCCCCAUGGUAGCGCGCAUCUGCCACGAGGCCGGCGUGGCGUGCGUGAUGAACGGCGAUGUAAUAUCGCGCGACCAGGGCCUCGCGCUGAUGGCCGAGCACGGCGUUGACGGGGCAAUGAUUGCUACCUCCGCGGAGACCAACUCGUCUUGUUUCCGGGCCGAGGCAGAUGGUGGUGUCGCGCCGUGGCGGGAUGUCGUCUAUGACUACUUGCGUUUCUGUAUCGAGUCAGAGAACCGUCUGGGCAAUACCAAGUAUCUGCUCAACAUGCUGAUCCCCGGCAAGAACAAAGAGUUCAAGGAUACGAAAUUGUCCAAAACAUAUCUUGAUAUCUGCCGUGGAUUGAAGUUCGAUGAUUUGCUUCCUGCUGCUGCGCAUGUUGAUCAGAUACUCGGUCUGGAUGAAAAGUGGGAGACUGCCCCCGGUGUGACCGAUACUGAACCCCAGGCUGAAACGAAGUCCAAGGCCGUGCAGAAUGCUAUGGAGUCCGAAGCUGCUCGUGCAGCUGGUGGUGGUGCUGUUCGAACUAAAACGCCUUCGCCAGCUGUUCAUGGGGGCGGUCCCAUUCGGCGGUCUUCUGCUCCUCAGCCAGCUAAGGUUACUCAAGUUGAUGCUGAACAGCCAGCCGUUGAGGCUAGUGUUCCUGAUGCACAAGCUCAGGCUCCAUCUCAAGUGACUGUGUGA